AUGGAAACUAAAAUGGAUGUCAAACGACCUGCCACAGGUGAUUACUUUCUAGUCUUAGGUUCAAAAAACAUUGCAAAUAAUAAAAGAGGAAGGAAAACAGAACAUCCAGUUUUGAAGAAUAUUCCUACUUCUGCGGUGAAAUCCAUCAAAAAAGGUGCUGUCUAUCUGUUGCAUUUUAACAAUCGGAAGUUCAUAAAUUAA